GAAUUGAGAAUUUUCUUACAACAAAAGCAUUAAUAAAAGAAAUUUACAAUUUGUACGUUAAAAUUUUAGUAAUGUAUGAAAAGGUUAAAAUUCUUAUAUUAUUUUUUUGAGAUUUAAUCCUAUGAAUUGAUUUACUCACAAAAGAAUUAUAAUUAUUAUAUAUUUUUUAAUUUAAAAAAAAUAUUUAUAAGAUAUUUACAAUAUGGGAUGGUAGUGAUUUAAUCAUCAAGAAGCCGUUUUCUGAAGUUGCCCUCCAGACGAGAGAAUCCCUAAAAAAAAGCCCUAACUACCUCUGCCACUCUCCAUCCUCGCAGAUUUUGUAUUUGGAUCUCAACAUGUCCGGAGAAGAAGAGGAAAACGCCGCGGAGCUCAAAAUUGGGGAUGAAUUUUUGAAGGCCAAAUGUUUGAUGAAUUGUGAAGUAGCUGUUAUUCUUGAACAUAAGUAUGAACAGCUUCAGCAGAUGUCUGAUGAUCCAUUAAAUCAAGUUUCUCAAGUAUUUGAAAAGUCCCUACAGUAUGUGAAGCGCUUCAGCCGGUAUAAGAAUCCUGAUGCUGUUAGACAAGUUCGAGAAAUUCUGAGCCGAUACCAGUUGGCUGAAUUUGAGCUUUGCGUCCUCGGCAACCUCUGCCCCGAAACUGUGGAAGAAGCUAUUGCCAUGGUUCCAUCCAUCAAGACGAAAGGCCGGGCCCAUGAUGAUGAAGCAAUUGAGAAAAUGUUGAAUGACUUGUCUUUGAUCAAGAAAUUUGAAUAGUAGCCUCUUCAUAUUUAGAACCUUUUUUUAUGUAUCAUGUACUUGUUGCAGCAGCCUAAGUUUUGAAGAAUUUUUUGUUUAAUAUUGCUGGAUCACCAUUUCAAUUUUGCCCACAAUAUGGGUACUAUAUGUUAGUCCCAAGUCUGACUGUUAGAUAUGUUCCUCCAAUAUCUGGCUUCGACUAAUACUCUUCUAGAUGAUUUCUGGUUUCUUAAAAAUUAUUUUAUUUGGUUAGACUUUGAAUGGAAAAUUAUAAUCCUAGUGGGAAAUUUCUAA